CGUCACGAGGACCCCUGGAAGGAGCAGCGGAAUUCAAAAUUUCAAAACAAACUCAGGAUUGUUGUUUCAUCAUGUAUCUGUUUACUUUGGGCUAGCAGGCUGUAACAAACACAGCAUAGUUCAUCAUUUGGAAGCUUUUAAAAGAUGGACGGAGAUGAAAAACAUGACUCCAAAUCGGCUGAGGCUCCUAAAGCGCCUUCAAUCGAGGAUUUUAUCAUUUUGAAGCCCAUCAGCCGGGGUGCCUUUGGAAAGGUGUACCUGGCACGAAAGAAGUGUAAUGCGCGAUUAUAUGCAAUUAAGAUGAUGAAGAAAGCAGACAUGGUUGAUAAAAACAUGACGGGCCAGAUGAAAGCAGAGAGAGACGCACUUGCCCUGAGUAAAAGUCCAUUCGUGGUUCACCUGUUUUACUCCCUUCAGACAGCCUCAAAGAUCUACCUGGUGAUGGAAUAUCUUAUAGGGGGAGACGUCAAAUCUCUUCUUCACAUCUAUGGAUAUUUUGACCAGGAUAUGUCUGUGAAGUACAUUUCAGAGGUGGCACUGGCUUUGGACUACCUCCAUCGCCAUGGUAUAAUCCACAGGGACUUAAAGCCAGACAAUAUGCUGAUAUCCAACGAAGGACACAUCAAACUGACAGACUUUGGUCUGUCUAAAGUGAAGCUUGACAGAGAGCUGAAUCUCACUGAUAUCCUCACCACUCCAUCUCUGGCUAAACCAAAAAAAGAUUACUUCCGCACCCCGGGUCAAGUUCUCUCCUUAAUCACCUCCCUUGGAUUUAACACACCUGCUGGAGGAGACAAACGUCCCUGUAGUGCAUCUGCUGUGUGUAGUCCCAUGUCUUGUGACAAAGUAAAGACAAAGAACAACUCUCUGGGGUCUCCUUUAACAGCAAUUAAAGACCAGCUCACCUCUCCGACUAGCUACCCAUGGAAAAGGGGGCUUAGAAACAUGGUGUUUAAUCCUCAUAACCUGGCUAAAAAUCUGACCCCCUCACUGAUGAAGACGAGAAAAAGGUUUGAGACGAUGAGUGCAGGAAGCACCACGGACACUGAGGGUGGAAUCAGUCCACUGUGGGAGUGUGAAGAGAAAGAAAAUGAACAGAGGGAUAGAAAGCACUUGGAGGCCAAAGGAAGAGAACAGAACUGUGGGACCAGUAAACCAGGCCCCUUCCCUGCUAAAGCCAGCAACAGUCUGUCCAGUAAGACCAACCCUUCAGAAAAGAAGCACCACAACAUAAACCAGGACGUUUUCCUCCGAUCUGCUCCAUCUGUAAAGAGAACGUUUUCUGACGUUGAGAAAAGCCCUGAGUCGUUGCAGCUCCCGGCUAAAAAGAGUAAUUCACGCUAUAAGAGAUGCUUUGAGAUUCCAGGUGACACUGCGAGGUUUCACACUGGUCUGACGGGAACAUUUUCCACCAUCCAAAUCGGUGACUUCAUGGCCUCCACGGAGGGCGUCGAGCAAGCCGGAGACAGAGUUCCGAAGCGGUCCAGUCCCAUCGCUGUGGCCAAAAGUUUGUUUUGUGAACUGGAGGAGCCGCCAGAGGACGUGUUUGAAGACGGAGCCAAAGACUUGUCCCAUUCGAGUUUCACAUCCCCGCUAACUGGUAACAGUGACGUGUGCAGGAGCCUGAGCCUGGACUCUGAUGGGUCCAUUCAUGAGACAUCUCUAACUGUAGACAGCCACGCUUCUCUAAAACCAGACAAGGAUUCCACUAACAACAAUUCAGCAUCAUUUGAAGAUCAAGAUGGAAAUAAGGACUCUUCCAUCACUGGACCACUCCCACAAACGGCACCUGCCGUAGAAACGCCAAAACUCGCUAACAUAGGCCACAGAGGUGAAUCUCAGUGUGCCUUUCUUAACAGACUCCCUGAUCUCUGUGGUGUUGCACAGUCCCCUUCUUUCCUUAAACCACGAAAUGUUGUAGCUUUCCGUAGCUACUGUAGCUCCAUCAACCGCUCCAACAUGUCCCGACUCAGCAUCGGGUCUGUGGAUCUCAUGGACGUGUCCACAGUAGCUUCUUAUCACACACCAGUGCAGAAAAGACCCAGCUCCAACAGCUCUCUCUAUCAGACUCCUCAGCCCAUGUCAACCUCUCACACCCCUUUCAGGACUCCAAAGAGCGUCAGAAGAGGUGCUCUGCCUGUAGAAGGUGCACCUAUUUUAGGAACCCCAGAUUAUUUGGCUCCAGAGCUUCUUUUAGGGAAACCACACGACUACAUGGUGGAUUGGUGGGCUCUCGGCGUGUGUCUUUUCGAGUUCCUCACAGGUGUGCCUCCUUUUAACGACGAGACGCCUCAGCUGGUCUUCCAGAAUAUUCUCAACAGAGAUAUUCCCUGGCCUGAGGAAGAGGAGGAACUGUCUGCAAAUGCCAGAAAUGCCAUUGAGAUCCUCCUGACCACAGACAUGACAAAACGAGCCGGUCUAAAGGAGCUGAAGCGUCACCCCCUGUUUGAAGGCUUGGACUGGGACAACGUGCAGAACCAGCCGAUGCCUUUCAUUCCUCAGCCGGAGGAUGAAACCGACACCUCAUACUUUGAUGCAAGAAACAACGCUCAGCACAUCGCCGUGUCAGGCUUCAGCCUGUAGAGUUCAUGACGGUUCUAUCAAAGCACUAGUCGGCACACUGUGGCAGUAAUCAUGGGAACAUCAUCACCUGCUCUCACUGUGGAAAACUCUCCUACAACUGAAGAUGUAGUUUUGUGGAUCAAGUUGUCUUUGUGUUCAGGGUUGUAAAAGUUUUAGAAGUAUUUUACAUUUUGUGCAAUCAAGGGUCAUAAGAGCCAGAAUAAAGCUGGAUCUGUUGACGGUUACUGUAGUUAGGUUUGCAUUAACAGAGAGAGAGAGCGUUUUUAACAUGUACUACUACCAAAUGGCACGUCUUUUCAUUUACCCUCUCAUCUGUGACUGCUUUACCUUAAAAUAGACAUCAGUAUCAGGGCUGUUAUUGUGUUAUAUUGGUUAAUCACAAAGUAAAUGUUUGUAAAUGCUGCUCUUGCUGCCUGAUGUUAACUCUUUAUAAUGAUAGGCUUCACCGUAUCGUCAUAAUGUUCCCUUCUGUUGGUCGACUGGGUGGACGGGCCCCCUGAAUUUCUCUCUAUGGAUGAAAACAUGAUCAUACACGUGGAUGUGUUUUAUAUGCUGUUAACGUUAUUGUGUCUUUGUUUUAAGAUAGAAGUAGAUCCUUGGUUUUCUAUCAGCUCUGGGUUUGGCUGCUUUUAUUUGUUAUUUCUGUGUCGUACCUCUACACUACUAGUUUUUAGAUCACUGUUGCUGCUUACAUCAUUUUUCCUUUACUCUAAGAAAAAAGUAAAAUACAAAUAAAAUCUGUUUGUAACCUGAAA